AUAUAAAGGGUAGUGGGCAACAAAGUAUUCAUAUUAAAGAAAAAAAGUGAGAACAACAACAAGAAGAAGAGAUUCUUCUAAUUAGCUAUAUCAAUAUGGCUUCCUCUGUUAUUUCCUCUGCAGCCGUUGCUACACGCACCAAUGUUGCACAAGCUAGCAGCAUGAUUGCACCUUUCACUGGCCUCAAAUCUGCUGCCUCUUUCCCUGUCUCAAAGAAGCAAAACCUUGACAUCACUUCCAUUGCUAGCAAUGGUGGAAGAGUUAGGUGCAUGCAGGUGUGGCCACCAAUUAACAAGAAGAAGUACGAGACACUCUCAUACCUUCCUGAUUUGACAGAUGAACAAUUGCUCAAGGAAAUUGAAUACCUACUUAGAUCUGGAUGGGUUCCUUGCCUUGAAUUCGAGCUUGAGCACGGAUUUAUCUACCGUGAGCACCACAAGUCACCAGGAUACUAUGAUGGCAGGUAUUGGACCAUGUGGAAGUUGCCCAUGUAUGGGUGCACUGAUGCCACCCAAGUGUUGAAUGAGGUCAGAGAGUGCAAGAAGGAAUACCCACAAGCAUGGGUUAGAAUCAUUGGAUUCGACAACGUGCGUCAAGUGCAGUGCAUCAGUUUCCUUGCCGACAAGCCAGAAGGAUACUAAGUUUCAUAUUAGGAACAAAAUUGUCUUUAGGGGCACUUUGUUUUUAAAUGGUACUUAGCAUUUCUUAUUUUGUUGUUUUCCUAAUUCCAGCAAUCUGUUUAUGUUUUCCUUAAUUGUACUAUUCUGUGUAUCAUUUGAAUUUAUGAGGACCUAAUAAUAUGAUGAUUUGGUGCUUUGUUUGUAAA